ACACUGUCUACGUCAUUUACGCUCUUUCCCUUUCUCUUCUUCUUCUUCUAAUACUCACAUCAACAAGUAACCAUAGAAACUCUUUCUUAACAAUGUUGCAUGCAACAUAUUCUUUACUUUUAUGAGUUUUAAACUCUUCGUCUCUCUGCUUUGGUUCCUAUUGUUAAGGGAUGCAGUGAAUUUUCUGUUGUUCAAGUAAAGUGUAUUUCCUAUAAAGCAUGACUACAAAUGAAAAGAAAUUUGUGAGAUUUGAAGAUUGGAAGUCAGAAUCAUCAUCUUUUAAUUUUUCACAAUAUGAUUCUUCAAUUGAUGGAUUUGAAAAAAGAAAAUCUAAACCAAGUGUUACUCCAGAAAAAAAUAAUGAAUCAUUGGAAAAACCAGCUUCUAGGUGUAGUGUUCUUGAUCCACAAGGUCCACUACUUCAGAAAUGGAACAAGAUCUUUGUUAUAACAUGUGUGAUGGCAGUAUCUAUGGAUCCAUUAUUCUUUUACAUCCCUGUGAUUGAUGACCAGAGAAAAUGCCUUAAUUUGAAUGGAACAUUGAAGAUUACUGCUAGUGUUCUUCGGACGUUUUUCGAUCUUUUCUACAUUAUUCGCAUCGUCUUUCAGUUUCGAACCGGGUUUAUUGCACCUUCUUCGCGCAUUUUUGGAAGGGGAGAGCCGGUUGAUGAUCCUUUUGCUAUAGCAAUGAGAUACUUAAGUUCUCACUUCAUCAUUGACAUUCUAUCAAUUCUUCCACUUCCUCAGAUGGUGAUUUUAGCUAUGAUUCCAAUUCCACAAGGCUCAGUUCCAUAUAUAACAAAGGAUUGGUUGAAGUAUACGAUAAUAACACAAUACGCGCCAAGACUUAUGCGAAUCUAUACGUUGUUCAAUGAAGUAACAAGCACUUCUGGUAUAUUAACUGAGACAGCAUGGGCUGGAGCUGCUUAUAAUCUCUUUCUUUAUAUGCUAGCAAGUCAUGUUGUUGGAGCAUUUUGGUAUUUGUUUUCAAUAGAAUCAGAGUUGCGGUGUUGGCGCAGACGGUUGAAGAAUACUCCGUUCUUUGAUGAUUCCUAUCUGAGCUGUGGACGAGUCAAUUCGACACUUUUUUCAAUUCUCAACAAUUCUGCUACUUGUCCUUACAAAGAUCCUGAUGAUAUCAUUGACCCAACAGUUUUCAAUUUUGGAAUAUUUAUGGAUGCUCUAACGUCUCGUGUGGUGGAGUUGAAUACAAACUUUCAUCAUAAAUUCUUCUACUGCUUUUGGUGGGGUUUGCGCAAUUUGAGUUCUGUUGGGCAGAACCUGAAGACAAGCACUUAUAUUGGGGAGAUAAUCUUUGCCAUAUUCAUCGCUGUCUUUGGAUUGGUUCUAUUUGCAUUACUUAUAGGAAACAUGCAGAAAUAUCUACAAUCUACAACUGUUAGAGUUGAAGAGAUGAGAAUCAAGAGGAGGGAUGCAGAACAAUGGAUGUGCCACCGUAUGCUACCAGAUCACAUGAAGCAAAGAAUUCGACGGUAUGAACAAUACAAAUGGCAAGAAAAUCGAGGCGUUGAAGAAGAGAAACUAAUUUGCAACCUCCCUAAAGAUCUGAGAAGAGACAUAAGGAGACAUCUUUGCUUAGAUUUACUUAAAAAAGUGCCAAUUUUCAGCAACAUGGAUAAACAGUUGUUGGAUGCAAUGUGUGAUAAACUGAAGCCGGUCCUUUAUACCGAGAAAAGUUUCGUUGUUCGUGAAGGUGAUCCAGUGGACGAAAUGCUCUUCAUCAUGCGCGGAAAACUUAAGACUGCCACGACAAAUGGUGGAAGAACUGGUUUCUUUAACUCGACCGAACUCAAGGCUGGUGAUUUUUGUGGAGAGGAGCUUCUAACAUGGGCCUUGGAUCCUACAACCUCUUCAAACUUACCUAUUUCAACUAGUACAGUUGAAACUAUUACGGAAGUUGAAGCUUUUGCUCUAAUGCAUGAUGACUUGAAGAUUGUUGCUUCCCAAUUUCGACGUCUUAUUAACAGAAAACAACUCCAACACACUUUCAGGUUUUAUUCCUUGCAAUGGAGGACAUGGGGAGCGCGGUUCAUACAAGUAGUAUGGCGUCGAUACAGGGAAAAAAGGGCUCAGAAAUUGUUACGUGAAUCGGAAAAAAGACAGGAAAAUGCUUCUGAAAAUGAGGAAGAGUCUUCUUCACCAAGCAUUGGUUCCACUAUAUAUGUACAAAGGUUUGCAUCAAAUGCAUUAAAGCACUUAAGAAGUGGCAAAAGAGUGACACAGACAAAGAAAUUUCUACCACUUUUGCCUAGGAAACCAGCUGAACCAGAUUUCAUCACUGGAAAAAACUAAAAAGUGUGUUGUAGAAGUAGUUUUCUUUUCAAGUUUUUUUUUUUUUUUAAACCAAACUCAAGAAGUGUGCAUAUAUAUUUCAAAUAUUUAACUAUAGUAGUUGUGUAGGCCCAAAUAACUAGCUAGCGGUGUUUGUCUGUUUGAGAAUUUCUAAAAAUGUGUGUGCAUAUAUGUAAAUGCAGAAAGUGUGUAAUGUCUA